AUGUCAGUUUCAAAUGAAUAUAAAUUAGUUGUUAUGGGUGGUGGUGGUGUUGGUAAGAGUGCACUUACUAUCCAAUUUAUCCAAAAUCACUUUAUUGAGGAAUACGAUCCAACAAUAGAGGACAGUUAUCGUAGACAAUGUCAAGUCGAUGAAGAUACUUGUUUAUUAGAUAUUUUAGAUACUGCAGGUCAAGAUGAUUACAGUGCUAUGAGAGACCAAUAUAUGCGUACAGGUCAAGGUUUCUUAUGUGUUUAUGAUGUAACAUCCAGAACUUCUUUUGAAGAAAUUAAUGUUGUUAGAGAACAAAUCAUUAGAGUAAAAGAUAAUGAUAAAGUUCCAAUUGUAUUAGUCGGUAACAAAUGUGAUUUAGAAAACCUUCGUGAAGUUACUGAAGGUGAAGGAAGUGAAUUGGCUAAAUCUUUCUCUGUUCCAUUCUUGGAGACCUCUGCCAAGAAAAGAUUGAAUGUGGAUGAAUGUUUCUUUGAAGUGGUUAGAGAAAUCAAAAAAUCACUCAAAGAGCCAGGCAGAUCAAAGAAAGAUAAAAAAGGUGGUAUCCUUAAAAAGUUUAAAGGUGGUGAUUGUUUAAUCCUUUAG